ACCGUAGGUAAUUAAUUAAGUUACAAUAAAAAUAAUAUAAUUACAUAAUAUUAAUAUAUUACACAGGACAGUUGAAAAAUCCCAACAACAUUAUUGCCAUUAAAUUACUAAAACAAGACACAGACUUUACUGGUGUGAAAUCCACCUGUGGUCGCUUCUUCUACUCAGUGCUGAUUUUUGUUGUUGACAGUAAUUAGCUCUAACGUUAAUUAACUAGCUAGUUUAUCGUUAUUUCAGCUAAAUUCCGCCGUUGUUGCUAUAGAUAUAUAUAUAGUUUGGUUUGUUAUAAACGUCAGAGAUGUAGGUAUGACACUACAUACAGAAUAAUGUUCAAAAAUAGGUACAAGAUUUCCCUUUACAAAUCUAUAUCAAGAAAUGCUGCAUGUUGAGAUCCCCACCCUGUACAGAGAUGUAUUUAUGACAAUUCACACUAAUAAUACAGACAGGUAACAAAUAGAAACAAAAUCACGACAAUUUCCUGAUGUCCGGACACACCAGAGUGAGCAAUGGCCGUUCACUGUGAUUCAGCUCUUCUGUUUGUGGCGUGUUGCUGUCACCCAGUGGUAGCUCUGGAAACAUGUCCGGCUCGUUACAGUACCAACGUUACGUGCCCUGCAUGAUCUCACCCUUCUAGUGUUGUUCACAGCAGCGGGGCAAUCUUGCGCCAGCUUGCUUUGGGACGAAGUUCAGCCCGGUCACACUCCUCUUAUCAAUAAAGAACUUCAAGUUAGGUAAUUAUGCAAAACACUGCUGUUUUGUUCACCCUUCAAAGUUUUCAAGGUCAAAUGUAAAUGACCCCAGAAGAUGCAGUUUAAAUAUAAAAUGCCACGAAGUGUAUAUUUGAAUUCAAUUGUUUCCAUGGAAAACAAUAGUAGCAAUAAGGGAGUUAUAAUUUAUACUUUAUACAACAUCUGUUUUUUCAAAUGCGCUAACGUUAUCUUCUUUUUAAAACAUAAUUCUGAGCUCAAACUACAUUUCCCAGAAGCCCAUUAAAUUACGAGCGACAGUUUAAGGGACCAACCGUUGGUCGUUUGACGGUACGUUGGCGUUGAAGCCGCCCUGCAGCUGCGCAGUGGACUACUGCGCUCCGUGCCGUACACAUUGACCCGAAGAGAGGCAGAAACCAAGGUUGGGACACAUCGACCCUGAGACAGGCUGACUCUGGCUUUCCUUCGGCUCCACUAUUGCCAGUGGGAAGAAGAUUUCUACCAUUUUCAAUGACACCGACGGCAAGUGAAAGUUAAGGCCGUCCACUCCCCCAUUUUGAAUCUGCGCCCCCGGCUCCUCACUCUCUAAAACCUUCAGGAUGUAUCAGAUCGUCCCCGUGGCUCCCGGGGAGCAGCAGACGGACGGGGGAGCUCGGAGCUCUCCUGUGAAGAAGAAACUGGCUCAUGAAGGCCGGCCCCUGGUGGCAGCGGGCAUGCUGGGAUGUGUGUUGGUGCUGGCCGCUGUGGUUGCCUGGUGCUACUAUUCAGCGUCGCUCCGCAAAGCCCAGCUGCUGAAGGCUGAGCUGCUGGAGCUCAACAAAGACGGCUUUAUUAUUCUUAAUCAGGCGGGGGCUGUCAUCUUCAGCAUGGUCUUCAGGUCUGGCACUCUGAAUUUGGACUCCUGCUCAAAGGAGGGCAACAUUCUGAAAUGCACUCAGUCAGAUUCUGGCAAGCUGAACUUCUUCAUCCAGACGGUUCGACCAAAGGACACGGUGAUGUGCUACCGCGUUCGCUGGGAGGAGCUGCAAAGCAAGCGCUCGGUGGAGCACGCCAUGUCCUAUAACGACUCUCAUUGGUACGGAGGGGCGGAGACGGCAACCCAGCACUGGCCCAUCAGGAUGCCGGGCGAGGAGGAGCCGCAGCCUUUCAUCACCAGUGACGUCUACUCCAAUCGGAAAGCUUUCGGAGGCAUCUUGGAACGCUAUUGGCUGUCCUCGAACGCCACCGCCAUCAAGAUCAAUGACUCGGUACCGUUUCAUUUGGGCUGGUCUGAGAAGGACAGUACACUCCGGUUUCAAGCCCGAUACCAGGACUCUCCCUUCAGACCACCAGAGGGCAGGCAGGCCUUACCUGAACUCAGCUACAGAGUGUGUGUCGGGUCGGACGUAACCUCCAUUCACAAAUACAUGGUGCGGCGGUAUUUCCCAAAGCCCAUCAAAGUGCCGUCUCCUGAGGUCUUUCAAAAGCCAUUGUGGUCCACGUCGGCUAUCCACAAGACCGCUGUGACUCAGGAGAAACUGCUGCGCUACGCCUCCGACAUCACCAAGUACGGCUUCACGUGCUCCCACCUGGAGCUGGACGACCGCUACACCGCGGACUACGGAGAGUUUGACUUUGACCCGCAGAAGUUCCCCAACGCCAGCGGUAUGUUUGAUAAGCUCCGAGAGGACCAGUUCCAAGUGUCGCUGUGGACACAUCCUUUCAUCAACUACGACUCCAUUAAUUUUGGCGUCGCCGUGGAGAAAGGGCUGUUCGUGCGGGAGCCGAGCGGCGAGCUGCCUGCUCUGGUGCGCUGGUGGAACGGCAUCGGGGGGAUCCUGGACUUCACCAACCCAGAAGCUCGCGAGUGGUAUUCCUCCCAUCUGCGUAUGAUGAAGACCCGCUAUGACGUGACGUCCUUCAAGUUCGACGCAGGAGAGACCAGCUACCUCCCGCUGCAGUUUAGCACCCUGGUCCCGCUGUCGGACCCCUCCACCUUCACCCGCCGCUACACGGAGAUGGCCAUCCCGUUCAGUGAGCGCGCGGAGCUGAGGGUAGGCUACCAGAGUCAGGACAUCUCCUGCUUCUUCAGGAUCAUAGACCGGGACUCCGUGUGGGGCUACGAGCUCGGCCUCAAGUCCAUCAUCCCGACUGUUCUCACCAUUAGCAUUCUGGGUUACCAGUUUGUGUUACCUGAUAUGAUAGGAGGGAACGCAUACCCCAACCGCACCGCAGAUGGCAAAAAUGUUCUGCCGGACAGAGAGCUGUACAUCCGAUGGUUGGAGCUGUCUGCUUUCAUGCCUGCGAUGCAGUUCUCCAUACCGCCAUGGGCCUAUGACAGCGAGGUGGUGCAGAUAGCGCUGAAGUUCACAGCGCUCCACGAGACUCUGGUGGCCCCGAAGGUUCUUGAACUGGCAGGCAAGGUCCUGGACACCGGGGACCCGAUCAUCAGGCCCCUCUGGUGGAUCGCCAACAACGACGAUGCAGCGUACAAGAUCGAUUCCCAGUUCCUGAUCGGCGACGACCUGAUGGUGGCGCCGGUGUUGGAGUCAGGGAAGCAGGAGAGGGACAUCUACCUGCCCGCAGGGCGCUGGAGGAGCUACAAGGGGGAAAAUUAUGACAAAACACCCAUGUACCUCACCGACUACCCGGUGGACCUCGACGAGAUAGCUUAUUUCACAUGGGUUCACUGAAGGCAUCAACAACACGUAACCUUAAGCACACACAUUCUGGUGAGCACACACACAUGCCAGGAAAUGGCAAGAGCUGUUGGUUUAUUUUUCAAAGGAAAAUUACCAUUAGGGGGAUCAACUGCGACAGCAAAGUUAUAUUUAUUUUUAAAUAGUUGGUCAUUCUUUUAGACUUCUGCCAAUUGCCUUCCACCCAAAGAAUCUGAACAAAAACUUGUGUUGACUUUCUUUCGCUCCAUCUAUAUGCCCAUCCUCACGUGCCUUCCACAGCAAUCUCGGAUUGUAUCGUCACCACGGUCUGCUACCCGAUGGACAUCCAGAGUUCUUUGAGGCCCACAACUCGAUUAUUUUGGGUCUUGUGGACUGAUGGGUUUAGGUGCUGAACUGGCAAUAAAUACGCACAGAAGCACUCACAGGGAAUGCCUCGCCUCGUUUCACCAUGGCAACUGCUGCACUGUGGAGAACACUCGUAACUACCUACGGUUGAAGUUAACAUGCAUUAAAUAGCAUUGCACUGACGGCAGCAUGUUUCUCAUUCGUCACUUUGUCUUUAUAUUCAUGAACUUUUGAUUAGUAUGAUAGAAUUGUAUUAUCUUGAUACUAGAUUAUGAACUAAAACAAGAUGCUGGGAUGAAUUGUAACGUGUCACGCUAAGCGGAGUGCAAAUUUUUGUAUGUCUACAUUCCUACUUCCUGUUGUUCCUGGUCGUGCCAUUCUGCCAUUUCAGGGACAAAAUCUAAUUAUCCAAUGAUUUCCAUCAGCUCAGGGGAAAUGUAAAAGGAAAAAUAAGUUUGAAUUAAUUUUGUUGAUCCACAGCAAGACAUAGAUGUAUUGCAGCAAUGCUACUGGUUUGCCUUGUUAAAGACGUAUUGUUCUCAAUGAUGCCAAGUCAAAACCUCCUGUCCAUUUCUGCCUUGUGACUGUAUUUGCCUUAUCGUCUUUAGCGCAGAGAGUGCACCUUUAAGUUAAGUUGCCAGUGAUUUCUUGCAAGUGAAUACACACCACUGGUAGUAUAAACGCCUUUCUAGAAAAUAAUAAUAGUAAAUAAGAUAGAAUGAGUAUGGAAUUAGACUAUUUAUUUUUCUUGCAUUUGUAAAAGUGCCACCAGGUGGCGCCAGAGUCGUAAAAUUUCAAAUCUGAAACAUCGUGGCUUUGACUUGCAAAUUAGACUGCAACUUUUCUUAUAAGCUAAACGCAGAAUUUUGAAUAAUAUUACUUAUAUCCUUUUGUGGAAGACAUCUGGAUGAUCUCUAGAUUAAUUACUGAGGCAGUGAAGUGUUGGAUGUAUAUAACAAAGGGAUUCAUUCAAAAAACUGAAAAACUGAACUGGCAAAUAUUUCAACCUUGAGGAGAAGAGAACUGUUAAUAGAUUAAAUGAUUGCUGCUGUUAAUAUCCUUGUAUUUAAUUCUCUCUUUACUAAUAACUCACAAAACCCAAAAUAGAUUUGAAAAGCUUGACAUUCAUACCUUGAUUGUUGAGAUUGUGAACAUGACUGAAAACAUGAAUAUAACUGAAAUGUUUUCAAAAAGGAUGAUUUGUUCUACACUUGUGUGCGAACAAACUUAACAAAAAGAUUUGACCACUUUUCUCCCCGCUUGUAGAUAUUGUUCUUUUGUUCUCUCGUUUGUUUUUAGUUUAUUCUUCAAUAGUACUGUUUUAUUAUCAGUGUGCCAUAUAAAUGCCUGAUUUCCUCUUGAUCCAGCGCAUAAAAAAAGUCUAGCCUUCUGUCUUGGAUGAAAGAAUAUUUAUGCAGAAAGUUCAAAAAACGAUUUAUUUGAAUGUACUCAAUACUUAAUAAAAAGGAGUGUAAAGUC